AUGCUCGGCGGGGGAGUAGUCACGUUGAGCAGCGCCGGCGCUGGCUACAGCAGCGAGAUCACCUUCACGGUGGUGAUGAGCUGCCUGAUGGCGGCCUCCGGCGGGCUCAUCUUCGGCUACGACAUCAGCAUCACAGGUGGGUUGACGCAGAUGGAGUCGUUCCUGAAGGCUUUCUUCCCCGACAUCUUGGAGAAGAUGAACAACGCGACGCAGGACGAGUACUGCAUCUUCGACAGCCAGCUGCUCACCACAUUUGUCUCGUCGCUGUACCUCGCCGGCAUGUUCGCCUGCCUGGUCGCCGGCCACAUCACCAAGAAGAUUGGGCGGAGGAACUCGAUGCUCAUCGGGGCCUCGCUCUUCUUCGUCGGCUCCGUGCUCAACUGCACCGCCGUCAACGUGGCUAUGCUCGUCAUCGGCCGCGUCCUCCUGGGCUUCGCCGUGGGGUUCACGAACCAGUCCGCGCCGGUGUACCUGGCGGAGAUCGCGCCGGCGCGGUGGCGCGGAGCGUUCACCAGCAUCUUCCACUUCUUCCUGAACGUGGGCAUGUUCGUGGCCGACCUGGUGAACUACCGCGCCAACACCAUCGCCGUGUGGGGCUGGCGGCUGUCCCUCGGCUUGGGCAUCGUCCCGGCCACCGUCAUCCUGGUGGGCGGGACGUUCAUCCCGGACUCGCCCAACAGCCUGGUGCUGCGCGGGAAGGCGGACGCGGCCCGCGCGUCGCUGCAGCGCAUCCGCGGGAGGUCCGCCGACGUGGACGUGGAGCUCAAGGACAUCAUGCAGGCCGCGGAGGUGGACCGGCUGUACGAGUCCGGCGCGUUCCGGCGCAUCGUCCGGCGGGAGUACCGCCCGCACCUGGUGAUGGCCAUCGCCAUCCCGGUGUUCUUCGAGCUGACGGGCAUGAUCGUGGUGACGCUCUUCACGCCGCUGCUCUUCUACACCAUCGGGUUCACGAGCCAGAAGGCGAUCCUGGGGUCCAUCAUCACCGACGUGGUGAGCCUGGUGUCCAUCGCCGUCGCCGCGGUGGCCGUGGACCGCGUCGGGCGGCGGUCGCUGUUCAUGGUGGGCGGGGCCAUCCUACUGGCGUGCCUGGUGGCCAUGGCGUGGAUCUUCGGCGCCCAGCUGGGCACCGACGGCGAGAAGGCGAUGCCGCGGCCGUACGCCGUGGCGGUGGUGGCGCUGGUGUGCCUGUUCACGGCCGGCUUCGGCGUGUCGUGGGGCCCGCUCAAGUGGAUCAUCCCCAGCGAGAUCUACCCGCUGGAGGUGAGGUCGGCGGGGCAGGGGAUGAGCGAGGCCAUCUCGCUGGCGCUCACCUUCGUGCAGACGCAGUCCUUCCUCAACAUGCUCUGCAGCUUCAAGUACGGCGCCUUCGCGUACAACGCGGGCUGGGUGGUGGUCAUGACCGCGUUCAUCUUCUUCUUCCUGCCGGAGACCAAGGGCGUGCCCAUCGAGUCACUCCGCGAGGUGUGGGCGCGCCACUGGUACUGGAAGCGCUUCGUCAAGCCGCUGCCGCCGCCGCCGCCGCCGCCGCCCAAAGUGGUGGAUGGGCCGGUCCGUGCCUAA